AUGGAGCUGAGGACCAGCGGCAAAGCGCGGAAGCUGUGUGGCAGGCACCUGAUGAAAGAAAUAGUCAAACUCUGUGGCAAUACUAGCUGGAGCCAUUUUGAGGAGGAAAACCCUCCAAGACAGCAGCAUUCCCAAGCCAGUAAGGUUGAAGCCUUCAUCCCUGACCAGUUCCAAAGCUCCCAAACCAUUUUCCAGGCCUGGGGGAGAGACAAAAAUCCAGUCUCUACAUCUACCUCUCAAGAAGCAAUUAACAGUGGGGAAAUGCAGUCACUGCAUGAAUAUCAGCAUAAAAAGGCAAACUUGCUACCUGAUAACACAAAACUGUCCUCACUACAAGAUAUCAAUCCAUAUAUUCAUAAACUUGUUGAAUUUCAGAAGAAAAAUGCAUACAAAAUUAAAACAUUAAGCAAUUUGUUUUGGGGUGACCAUCCCCAGAGAAAACGCAGAGGCUAUUCAGAAAAAUGUUGCCUUAAAGGAUGUACAAAAGAAGAGCUGAGUAUUGCAUGCCGUCCAUAUACUGAUUAUAAAAACUUAAAGAAAAAAGAAAAUCAGUUGUGA